UUGUCCCCGAGCAAAGUAGGUGAAAGGGCAACCGCGCUGAUGAGCAGCAGCUGAUCAUGCUUAUCUCUCAUGAUACUUCACGUAUUCUGUAAAUGGCGACAAAUAGCAAAACUUUUAAGGCCCUGAGAUAAUGGUCAUAGUGUAAAUUUGAUCAGUUGCACGAUGAAGUCUGAGGAGCACCACUGUCACAUCUCAGACGUCCAGGGUGAAUCCCAGCCAACUGACAUGGGUGCAGGUGACAUGGAAGCUGUGCGGGCUCUGAUGUCCAUGACUAAGCACUGGAAGUCAAGAAACUUCAGGGUGAGGCACUACAGACCUCUGUCUCCCUCCUCAGACUCCUCAGAGGACGACCAGGUCACCACCAGUUCUGCUGUGCUGCAGGACUCUGUGUUUUGUAUGACACCACCAUGCAGCCCACCCCACUUUGAGACGACCUGUCCAGGUCCAGCUCUAGCUCUGAAGCCUCACCGACCUACACAAGCGACGUCUCUGCACAAACACGCUGCUCAGCAGAGCUUCCAGUGCACCAGUGUGAUUCGUCACACUGCAGAUGGCCUCCACUGCUCCUCCAACCUUAAUCGUGUCUCAAAGGAGGAGGAGGUCGUUCAGGUUCACAUGCUGGACUCUAAAACUGAUGUGAACUGUAAAGAUGGGCUGAAUAGCAGAGACUCUGAGGAGACUGUUACAACACAAGCUUGCACUGAGAAGUCCCCAAUUGUUGUUCAGUCCAGACAGAACCUAGGAAGCCUUUUAGGCUCAGAUGAAAAUAAAAAUGCGCUUCAGUCUGUCCCAGCUGGAGACGCUCUGGUCUCACCUGUGCCUGUCUACUGCCACAUUGUUCCUGUCUCUUCUUCUUCUUCGGCCACUCUUGUGCAGAACGCUGUCACAAACUCGCACAGUCAGCAGCAACACCUACUGCCAGCAAUCACCAUGGUGCACACGCCACUGCAGCUGCAGCACAAACAAGAAGGACAAACGGCUUCUUCUGCUCAGGUCUUCCUUGUAGGGGGUCAGGUGGCAAAGGGUCCCGUCAUGCUCCUUGUCCCUCAGCCGCCUGUUUCUCCUGUCUACAUUCAACCAGCGCCGGUGACCAAUGGUGGAACAAAGUUCGCUGCCAUUGCCCCGGCGCCUCAUCGCACCUUAUCAGAGCAAAGACGUGUCCCACAGCAGCCAGAGGUAGCCCGUGCACGCAAUCACGUUUGUCCCCGUGACAACUGCAACAAGACUUACUUCAAGAGCUCUCAUCUCAAAGCCCACAUGAGGACGCACACGGGUGAGAAACCCUAUAAAUGCAAGUGGGAGGGCUGUGAGAGGCGUUUCGCUCGCUCCGAUGAGCUGUCCCGCCAUCGCCGAACCCACACGGGAGAAAAAAAGUUUGCCUGCCCAAUGUGCCUCAGCCGCUUCAUGCGUAGCGACCACCUGGCCAAGCAUGCCCGAAGACACCUGGCAGCGAUGAGGGGACGCUGCUGACCUCGCUGCAUUCAGUAUCUUCUUCAGCAACAAUAAAAAAAAACCAAACAAACCCCACUGUGAAACCAAAUGAGAUGCGCUACGCUGUUGAGACUGACUCAGUCUCAGUGCACAGAAGACUGUAGAUGUUUUUUACGUCACCUUAUGAAAGGGCUAUUGUGCAACACUGUUAAACUUUGCUAUACUGCUGUUCUGUAAUCAUUCUAAUUGAAUAUAAACGAGAUAAUGAAAGUGUUUACAUUUAACUACUGCAUUAGCAUAAGCUGAGUAGUUAUGUAUUUAAAUGUUACUAAGUUUACUUUUUUGUCAGUGAUAUUUGACCAAAAAAUUUUAAAUGUUAUUUUGUGCCAUGACAAUCAGUUUAAAAUAUUUUUGCACAUUUUCUUGCACAAAACACAGAAUUCCUUAAUAAACCUAAACAUAUUUGUCUAGAUUAAUUUUUUAAAAGAGUUGUAAUUUAAAAUAUUUUCUGUGGUUCCCACAUGCUUCUAAUACCUGAAAAUGUAUCUCCCUUCAGCUCAUCACAUGAUAACUGUAUAAAAUUAUCAGGCUGUGAAACUAACAGAGGGGUACCAAUUUUAUCUAUGCAUACAGUCGGAAGUUACAAUUUCUAACAUUUAUCCAUUUCUGAUAAGACACACACUGGGAUUCACAGUCCAGUCAGUGGGGUGUUUAUUACUCUUCAUUUAGACAAGCACAGCUACACGUUAAAAGCAGGCAAAUGCCUGAUAAUUUAUCAUGCCUUAAAACAGAUUUAUGACAGUUUCACAGAUAUGAUACACACAAUGCAAGUAUACUUGGUGUCAGGAAAUACUGCAAUAUUCUUUCAACACAGAUGUUGGAAGAAUAUUUUCAAGCUAUAUGAGUAGAAAUAGAACUUGCAGUAGUCUUUUAAAUCAUUUUUUGUAAAGAAACAAUGUCAUUUUCA